UCCACUAGAUCUGGGUCACCACCACCAUUUGAACAGCCCUCUAUGUCAAUUAGGUUUCUACAGUCUGCCUCCCUCUCUGAACCUGCUCAGUUUGUCCUGACUGAAACUCCUCAGCCCCCGCUGUCAGCUAAUCGUCUGAGUCCGACCCUGUCAUCUGCAACACAGUCCAGGGCUGAAUCAGCUUCCUGCAGCGAGACCCCGAGCGGCAGCCCGGAGCAGUCGCCGCGCUGGGGCGAUGAGGAUGAGGAGAUAAGUGCCAGAGCUGGUUUGGGGGCGCAGGGACACGGAGAGCAGACGGGCCAUGUUCCUCAGCCUCCCAGAGUGCCGUUGGGGACAGACCCGGACUCCGCUUUGGGCAGCGGCCUGGACCCCGAGCCGGACAUGGGGACGUUCGACCAGCCUGUCUUCUUCUCUGACCCGUCCCUGGCCCUGCACAGCCUGGCCUAUCGCCCGGUCCAGUACACAGGUCUGGAAGGCUUCCUCACCCUGGGCUUGGACCCAGAGGCUGGCCGUGUUUCGCCCGGCCCCCUCUCCGCACACAAAUCCCAGGAGUGCGAGGACCCAGUGGAGCACCUCGUUGGAGGCCCAGAGAGCUGGAGGCCGGGCAGCAGCCUCCGUGACUGCGCAGACGAACGUCUGGUCCUCGGCGUGCUGAGCGGCCGGCCAAUCAGCAUCUCCCCUCGUGCAGCCAAGCCCCGCCUACCUGCGUCUCCUCUGCAGAGGUCCGGUUUCUCAGGGGCUGUUGAAGCCCGGCCUUGGUCAGCCAGGAACUCCCCCAGGGCUGCCCGUCCAAUCAGCGCAGGCUUGAGUGCCAGGCCCCACCCUCGGCCCCGCCCUCAGUCCAGCCCCUGGCCCAGACCCCAGUCGCGGGCCGCUAAGGAGAUUUCGGAGAUCGAGUGUGUGGACAGGAUGGAGAGUGACGACCCUCUGCUGGGGGACGAGGCGGACUGCCUGGCCCUGGCCAAUCUGGAGGAGGAGUUCAGGCUGAUGAGCAGGAGAGGCACGUGCUCGUCUGACCCAGGGGCCUCGUCUCCAGCUCAGGCGCGCGGAGGGCUGGAGGCUAGCCGCGAGAGAGCCGGCUCUAAGCGGAAGGAGUCCGCCGAAGGUCACGCGGACGAGGAGGAGGAGGAGAUUCUCAGGGACAAGCUGAACGUGGCGUUGCUUCCCUGACCUGUGCACGGGAUUCUGAGAUGCCGGCCUCGCCGCGAGGUCCCUGCUGCCACUGCUGUUUCUUAAAAUCGUUUUUACCUCUUGCCCCCCAAGUUGAUUUUCUCUCUCAGAAAAAGGAGAGAAUAACUUUACAAGCGGUCUUUUUUGAUUUGUCAUAAGCAAAGUGAGGUAAAGUGAGGCAGGCUUUAGCAGUGUCAGAAGUGAGUGGCUGGGGUGAUAAAUGGAAUUUUAGUCAUUAUAUAUGUGUAUGAUGUGUAAAAGAAUCAAUUUUCAUACUGAUUCCCUGAAGAAAUAAACCUAAACUAUAAAACUAUAUGAAGUUAAAAAAUCAGAGUAAAAAUGUGUGUUGUACAUGUGUUAUGAAAAUAAAUGAAAAUGAGGGAUGCAUGUCA